AUGCUCAUCGCAUCAAUAGAAUACUUCCGCCUCCCCCCACGAUGGCUCUUCGUCAAGAUCACCGAUGAGAAAGGCAACUAUGGCUGGGGCGAAGCCAGCCUCGAAGGCCACACCGAAGCCGUCGAAGGCUGCCUCGACUCCUUCAGCGAACGCUUCGUAGGCCAAGAAGCCGACGACAUCGAGCACAUCUGGCAGCUCGGAUACCGCAUGGGCUUCUACCGCGGCGGCCCUGUCAUCAUGAGCGCACUCUCCGGUAUCGACAUCGCCCUCUGGGAUCUCAAAGCAAGGAAGUUAGGACUCCCGAUCUAUCAACUCCUCGGUGGUAAGCUGAGGACGAAGUUAAAGGUCUAUGCGUGGAUUGGUGGUGACAGGCCGAAUGAUGUGGAGGUUAUGGCGAGGGCGAGGUUGGAGCAGGGCUUUCAGGCUGUGAAGAUGAAUGCUACGGAGGAUCUGGGGUGGCUGGAUUCUCCUUCGCAGUUGGAUGCUUGUUUGGAGCGGGUGAGGACUGUGAGGAGGUUGGGGCUUGAUGCGGGUGUUGAUUUUCAUGGUCGUGUGCAUCGGCCGAUGGCGAAGCAGCUUGCGAAGCUUCUGGAGCCGGAGCGGUUGUUGUUCAUUGAGGAGCCUUUACUGUCGGAGAAUAUUGAGGGGAUUCAGGAGUUGUCACGCUCUGUGAGUAUGCCCAUCGCACUCGGCGAACGUCUUCACAGCCGCUGGGACGUCAAACCCUUCCUCGAGCAACGCUGCGUAGACAUCCUCCAACCAGACAUCUGCCACUGCGGCGGCAUCUCCGAGACCCUCCGCAUCGCGCGCAUGGCCGAGGCAUACGAUGUCGCUCUAGCACCUCAUUGUCCGCUUGGUCCGAUCGCGCUGGCCGCAAGCGUGCAGGUCGACGCUGUUUGCUCCAACUUCGCCAUUCAGGAAAUGCCACUGGGUAUUCACUAUAACAUUGGGGGAUCCGAUUUGACGAGCUACACAAAGAACCCUGAAGUGUGGAAUGUGCAGGAUGGCAUGAUUGAGUUGAUGCAGGGCCCUGGGCUAGGGAUUGAGAUUGAUGAGGAGCAGGUCCGAGCUGCGGCGAAGAAUGUCAAGGCGUGGCGGAGUCCGGUGUUUUAUGGGCCUGGUGGUGAGAUUAGAGAAUGGUGA